AUGUCCAACGAGGCUCCGGUUCACCCGCAGGUGCGCGCGCUGAUGGGCGCCGAGCCGCGGCUGGCGCUGGCCUCAGCGGCCGUGGUGGCCGCCCAGCUGUACGUGGGCUACCUGCUGCGCCGCUGUUGCUGGCCGGCCGUCGUGGCCGCCGCCUACCUGGUCGGCGGCUCGCUGUGGCUGCUGCAGUUCACCCUGCAGCACGACGCCCAGCACCGCAACGUGUUCGGGCCGCGCUGGCCGCGCCUCAACGACGCGCUGGCCUGGGUGCUGGGCGCGCCGGCGCUGGUGCCGUACCGGUUCGGCCGGCGCCGCAAACACCUCGACCACCACCGCCACCUGGGCGAGCCGGGCAGGGACGCCGACCGGCCGUCGGAGGGCCAGGUGGCGCUGAGCCGCCGCCGCGCCGGCCGCCUGCUGCUGCUGGUCACCGCGCCGCUGGCGUCGCGCGCGCGCCAGCUGCGCCGCCCGGCGGACGCCGCGCAGUCGGCGCUGCUGGUGACCGGCGCGCUGCUGCUGGGCGGGCCGCGCACGGCCGCCUACCUGGCGCUGGGCCCGCUGCUGGGCCGCAUGCUGCACCCGUUCGGCGCCGCGCUGCUCUGCAGCCACUCGUACGGCCCCGGAAACCAGGUGGUCACCUACAGCUACCGCGGACCGCUCAACUGGCUCUUCCUCAACACCGGCUACCACAUCGAGCACCACGACUUCCCCAACGUGCCCUGCUGUCGGCUGGCGGCGGUGACGCGCGCGGCGCCCGAGUUCUACGCUGGCCUGCCCCACGUGGACAGCUGGUUCACCUGCAUGAUCAACUAUGUGACGGGCGCGGACCGCGACCUUACCACCCGACACGACACCUGAGUUUCAGCAGUGAGCACUGAGCCAGGGCCGGACGAAGAGACCGGUUAAGAGACAAUGAGGCAGCUCGCGCACGGCGGGAUACGGAGCGGUACAAGAUGGCGCACAGUGGAAGGAAUGGAGGGCGCGGGGUCGUCCGGGAGAGAGGACUUCACGUGCAGGAGAGUACUGCACCGGGAGAAUACCGCUUGGGGAGACGACUUCACCGUGGGAGGACUGCACUCUGUCACAGGUCUCGUGGCAGAGCAGGACUGCAACCGUCCACGGAAAGCGGCAUCAAAUCGAAGCGCUCAGUGGAUGAAGUGACGGGACAGGGCCGCUCAACGAUCGUGUAUAGUUUGUGAUACUGACGCUUGUCCUCUGCUUCGUGCAUGUUUGUGAUAAUGACGCUUACCCCUUGCUUUGUGAGAAUCGAAUGGUAUGGUACGCCUAUCGACCGCAAUG